AUGAAUUCAGAAUCUGUGCCAAAUACUGUACCCGAAACUGAUUCCCUUCAACAAGUGCGAGAACGUACCUUUUCUCAUUGGCCACAUCGUACUGUUCCAUCAAGUGCACAAAUGAUUGAAGCUGGAUUUUUCAAUUGCAAUAUUGGCGACCGAGUGAUAUGCAUUCAUUGCAACCUUAUAUGCCAACAAUGGACACCAGAUACUGAUGAUCCAUGUGAAGUACAUAAAACACUUUCACCUAAUUGUAUAUAUGUCAAAGAAAAAUUGAUGCGUUCUCAAGCUUCAUCUAUAGCUAUCGUCAAUGAAAGUUCAAAGAAAGCAACUUCAGACAAUCAUUCACCAACAUCAAAUAAGCUUAGUUCAUUACGGCCUAAUAGUGUUGUCUUUGCAGGUUCAUGUAAUCCUUCUUAUUCAGAUACAUCAAUACGUCAUGCAACAUUCGGUACAUGUCAAAAUGAAAAUUUACCACCAGUAGAUGAUCUGGUUCGAGCAGGAUUUUUCUAUACAGGUACUAAAACCACUGUGACUUGUUUUUAUUGUAAUGGAUCAUUACAAAAUUGUGGUCUAAAUGAUAAUCCAUUGAUCGAACAUGCACGUCUGUUUCCACAUUGUGCAUAUGCUCGACAAUUAUGUGGUGAGGAUUUAUAUCGUAGAAUUCAAGAAUCUCAACAAGCGCAACAAGAAGGUGCUCAACUCAAUGAAUUAAAAGAAAGAAUAUGUUUUAGUAAUAUGUUAAAUACUAAUCGAAGUACAAAUAGUGAAGAACUUUUGAUACCUGAUGACCGCACUUUAUCCAGACUUGUUUCUGCUCGAUUAGAUUUAGAGAUGUCACGACGUUUAUUAGAUCAAAAUUUCAAAAAAUCUAUUAUUCAACAAUGUUGGGAAAGACAAUUACUAAUAAAGCAACAUGCCGUCGAUUUUAAAGAAACAAUUGAGCAAACAAUUAUACGUGAACAUUCAUUUAUUGGUACACCUGAUACGUUACCACCUCGAUCUAAAAUGAUUACUGCUGGUUGGUACUUGAGUAGAACAAAAGGAAGAGACUAUACAAUAUGUUUAUAUUGUGGUGUAGAACGUAAUAAUUGGAAUUAUGAUGAUAAUCCGUGGCGUGUUCAUCAGGAGUUGUCACCAAGUUGUCCUUUUAUUCUUUCAUCAAAUCCAAUGGAACCAAGUUCAGUACCUAUCAAACGUUUAUGUGAAAUUUUCACAAAAGAAGAAAUAAUUUAUUAUGUGGCUCAACCCAAUUCAUCUAUGAUUUUGAAAUCUAAUUCGUAUUAUAGUCUUCCACCAAAUCGAUACGCAUCGUUUUCUAAAUUUCCUGAUGGAACUCCAAGAAAUAUUGAAGAAUUAGUAAAAUCUGGCUUUUACUAUUGCGGAAUAGGAACUAGGCUUCAAUGCUAUCAUUGCAAAGUUUACGUUAAUAAUUUUCAUGAUUAUCCAUCGAAUGUGAUCAAUGUUGAGCAUCUUCGUCGGGCUCCUAAUUGUCGUUAUGCGAGAUUGUCAUCCGAAAAACAUGCGAUGAGAUCCGCAAAAGUGAUGCUUGUCAAUGGUGUUUCAAGUAUGUUUGUUAAAGGUUGGUUUGUGGAUGAAAAAACAUCGCAAGAUGCAGAUAUCAAUGGUUUUUCAGAAGCUUUAGCAGCAGCUAUAAAUUUAACUGAUACAUUUUCUUGGCCAAUUAAUCAAUUUAGUUUUCAAUCAGUUCAUGAAAAUGUUAGCGAUUCAAACAUCUAUUCAAGUAUUCAUCAAAUUUGUAAUCGUCUUGAAUAUGGUGCAAUUGGUUCAAUAUCAAGUAUUGAUAAUCCUAAAACACAUUUAUUUGAAUUAUUUAUGGCACGUUUACAUAUUUCAAUGAUAUCUUUAAAUUAUUUAAAUUAUAAUAAACAACAUUCAACUUUAUUAAAUAAAGUUUAUCAUUUAACAAUGAAAAUUGAUCUUUUACCAGCUCUAGUAGCAUUUAUAAAACGUUAUAAAAUAGCAAAAUUAUUUUAUAUUAUGGAAGGCGAUGAAGCAUUUGAACGUUUUCAAACUUUAAUAGUUGCACAAGCACGAGAAAAAAGUUAUGAUAUUUUAGAUAUUCAAGGUCGUCAAUUAAUUGAUGUUACAAAUUCGAAUUAUACAGAAAAUUUACUUCAAAGUAUUGAAAUUAAAGAUCGAGGUUCAAAAGAAGAACUUUAUAUUGCACUUGAUUUGGAUAAUAUCAAUAGUUAUAUUAAAUUAUUAAUGCAAAUUCGACAUCAUGCUAUGACAACACCUCAUUAUCAUUACAUUUUAAUGAGUCCUGAAGCUGAUCGAAUUGAUAUGCGUACUUUUCGUUAUGGUGGUGUGAAUGUCACUUAUUUUGUACCAAAAUCAUCUUACACAAUCAAUCAAUCAUUAGAUGGAUCAACAGCUGAUCGAUUAUCUCUUCCAUCAUUUGAAAAGAAAGCAUUAGCCGAUGCUUUAUCUAUAUAUAUGCGAGGAAUUAUGUUAUUAGAUGAUCGAAUUCGUUCUAAAAUCGUUUAUUCUGAUUCCGAUGAUGAUAAUUUCGAUCAUUUAAAAAUUCAAUGUCGAACAAAAGAAAAUCAACGACAAUAUGAAUUAUUCGAUGAAGAGUUAUUCAAUAUAAUGAAAUCACUUUCAUUUGAUGGAUAUUCGGGUUAUGUAGCAUUUAAUGAAUAUGGUGAACGUAUUAAUUAUACUUUAAAUAUAUAUCAAGUAACAAUGAAUCGAUUACCAAGAAAUAUCGGCAAUUUUACCCUUGAUGAAUUUUGUUUACAUGAUCUUAGCAUAGUUGAAGGUCGUCAAGCACAUGAUUUUGAUAAAGGAAGAGAACGAAUCAUCUCAACAAUUCUUGAUGAACCAUUUACAAUGUUAAAUGCAAGUGUUGUUGGAAAUUUAACUGUAUCCGAUGCACUUGGUCAAUAUUUUACAUUUAAUGAAUUAAGUGGAUAUUGUGUUGAUUUAGCUCGUUUAAUAUGUGAAAAAAAACUUGAAAUUCCAUGUAAAUUUCGUAUUGUAAAAGAUAAUUCAUUUGGUAAUAAACCAGCUAAUGAUCAACCAUGGACUGGUAUGAUUGGAGAAUUAGUUCGACGUGAAGUUGAUCUUGCUAUUGCACCAUUAACAAUAACAAGUCAACGAGAAAAUGCAGUAGAUUUUAGUAAACCGUGGAUGAAUCUUGGUAUUAGUAUUUUAAUUAGUGCACCAGAAAAAUCUAAACCAGGUGUUUUUUCAUUUAUGGAACCAUUAUCAAAAGAGAUUUGGAUGUGUAUCACAUUUGCAUAUAUUGGUGUUAGUGUUAUACUUUUUCUUGUUUCACGUUUUUCACCAUAUGAAUGGAGUAUGAAAAAUGAAGAAACAUUACAAUUAUCAAAUAAAUUUUCUAUUUUAAAUACACUCUUUUUUGCCUUAGCGGCUUUUAUGCAACAAGGUGUAGAUUUUAUACCAAGAUCAAUAUCAGGUCGACUGGUUGCUAGUGUAUGGUGGUAUUUUUCGAUGAUUCUUGUUGCUUCAUAUACUGCUAAUUGGGCUGCUUUUCUAACGGUUAAACGAAUGGUAACACCAAUUGAAAGUGUAGAAGAUCUUGCAAGACAAACAGAUAUAAAAUAUGGUGUUGUCCGUGGUGGUUCAACACAAUCAUUUUUUGAAAAAUCGGAUGUUAAACUUUUCCAACGUAUGUGGACAUAUAUGCAACAAAGUGAUGAUGUUUUAUUUGCUAGUAAUGAAGAAGGUAUUAGUAAAGUUCGAAAAUUCCCAGGAAAAUAUGCAUUUUUACUUGAAGUAAGUUCAAAUAAAUCGAAAUUAAACAUCAAUGUAAUGUUUGUUUAUUUUAAAAAGUCAACUAAAAAUGAAUAUACAAAUGAACGUUUACCUUGUAAUACAAUGAAAAUAGGUUCAAAUUUAGAUUCCAAAGGUUAUGGAAUAGCAACACCAGUUGGUUCAGAAUUACGAGAAGCGAUUAAUAUAGCCAUACUUGAAAUGAGUGAAGAUAACAUAUUAAAUAAUUUAAAGAAAAAAUGGUGGUAUGACCGAUCAGAAUGUCAUAGUGCUACAACAAAGGAAUCAAAACAAAAUAAUGCACUUAAUCUGGCAAAUGUUGCUGGGAUAUUUUAUAUCCUAAUUGGUGGUUUAGCUUUGGCUAUUUUAAUUGCAGUAUUAGAAUUUUUUGUCAAAGCAAAUAAUGAAGCCAAACAAACAAAAAAUAAUUUUGUUGAUGUUAUGAGACGAAACAUGAGAUUAAGUAUUGCUGGUAUCAAUUUGAAUGAAGCAGCUGCAAUAAAAAUCUCCUUACAGUUUCCUAGAAGAGAUAAUUAUCAAAGUUCUGAUCCAUUAUUUGACGGAAAUGGUUAUAUAACUGACAUUAAUCAUAGUCAAGUGUAA